AUGAAAGAAGAAGAAACCAAGUUUGGAAUAGUAUUUGAUAUUGAUGGUGUGUUGAUGAAAGAUGGUGUACCGAUCGCUGGUGCAGUCAAAGCUCUAAACAUGUUGGUAGAUCAACAAACUAAAACUCCGAUCUAUCCUUAUGUAUUUGUUACAAACAAUGGUGGUUUCUCUGAAAAGGAAAAGGCUAAAAAAAUAUCUUCUGUAUUGGAUUUUGAUAUUGAAGAGGAUAGAGUUAUGGUCGCACAUACACCAAUGAAAGAGUUGGCUGAAAAAUAUAAAAAUGAUGGUGUUAUUGUUGUUGCACGUAAACAUGAAACUGCUGUCAGUCUUGCACAAUUGUAUGGAUUCCAUCAAUUCACUACCAUACAACAAUAUGUAGAUAAACGUCAAUUCCUUUAUCCUGGAAAAUAUAGUAAAUUUUGGACUUUGGGUAUCAAGAAUCAAUAUGAAGAGUCGGCUGACAUUGUUGACAACAAUACUACUACUGUUGUAGACAUUAAAUACAAGGCAAUCAUUAUGUUUGAAGAACCUGCUGGUAACUACUAUCUAAAUUGGAUCAUUCUUCAUCUUUAUGCUUUAUUGAUUAUUAAUGUUUAUUGGGGAGAAGAACUUCAAAUAUUAAGUGAUAUUUUACAAACAAAGGAUGGAGUUAUAUCAAUUGACAAGGUUAACAAGAGCGAUGUACAAGAGAUUGAUUUACAUGUAGCCAAUCCAGAUUUUACAUAUGGUGGUGAAUUUAUCAUGCCACGUUAUACAAUGGGUGCAUUUAUUCAAUGUCUAUCUACACUUUAUCGAUUAUCAACUCGAGGUAGAGAUUUAGCAGUAACAUUUUAUGGUAAACCCUAUGCAAGUACGUACAACUAUGCCAAAGAAUUAAUGGGUACACAAGUAAAGAAAUUAAAUCAACUUGGUACACCAAAACAUAUCUAUGCCAUCGGUGAUAAUCCACACUCGGAUAUCAAAGGUGCCAAUCAAUUAGAGAAUGAAGGUUGGAUUAGUAUACUCGUAAGAACUGGUGUUUUCAAAGGUGAUAAUGAUAUCGAAAACCCUGCUAAAUAUGUUGUUGAUGAUGUUUUGGAUGCUAUCAAUUUGAUAAUGAAAUUAGAAAAUAACAAUAGAAAGAAGAAGAAGAAGAAGAAGAAGGAAAAGAUGAUGAUGACAUCAAAUACAACACAAGAUAGAGGAUCAGAUGCAGCAACUAUACAAGUACGUGAUAUAGAUCCACAGGUAACAGAGGCAUUGUUGUGGGAGUUGAUGAUUCAAGUGGCACCUGUAGUAAAGGUAUUCAUGCCAAAAGAUAAACUUACUCAACAACAUUCAGGUAGAGCUUAUGUAGAGUUUCAAUCUGAAAAUGAUGCAGACUAUGCAAUGAGAAUAUUAAAUUAUAUAAAGUUGUUUGGUAGACCAAUUAAAUUGAAAAAGGUUCGUAUAAAUAAUAAAGAUAAAGUUGAUGUUGGAGCUAAUUUGUUUAUUGGUAAUUUGGAUGCAGAGGUUGAUGAAAAGAUAUUACACGAUACAUUUAUACAAUUUGGAGCGAUCAUUCAACCACCAAAGAUUAUGAGAGACACUAGUACAGGUGUUUCAAAGGGAUUUGGUUUCGUUUCAUAUGAUAAUUUUGCAUCAUCUGAUGCUUCGAUCGAGGCGAUGAAUGGUGAGUUCCUUUGCAACAAACCAAUCUCUGUAACAUAUGCUAGAAAGAAAGAUUCAACAGAGAAGCAUGGUAGUCAAGCAGAGCGUAUGAUUGCUGCAGGUAAACAACGUGGCAUUCCAAUGUUUGCUCAAUUUGGAGGUAUGCCUCCUCCACCUGGUAUAGUAGGAGGCAUGCCUAUGCCUCCACCUCCACCCUUUUUACAAAAUAUGUCUAUGCCACCACCACCUCCACCAACCAAUAUCCCUGGAAUGGGUAUGCCUCCACCUCCACCUCCUCCAUCUUCCUUUGAUCAAAUGGGUGGAUAUCCUCCAAAUAUGUUUAAUUCUCCACCUCCAUUUUUAUCAAAUAUGCAACAUAGAUAG